UGCAGCGGAGACGACCAGGUUGGUGCACUCUUCUGUGUAGUGUCGUGGAUCUGUUGAAGUAGCUGGGAGUGUGUCUUCAAACAUUGACAACAGUCUGUACUCAGAUAGUCUAGGCCAGUGGUUUCUGUGCCAAGUUCUCAGUUCUGUUGAAGUGUGUGUCGGGGAAAGGUGUGUCCGUGUUUGUGUCGGAGUGUGUACCAAGGCCCAGGUUGUCUGUGCUGGCUGCACACUGUAGAGCUGAAGGGAGUUGAUAGGACACAUUUACAUCCAGAAGGGACACGGGCACAGGAUUACUGCUGUGGAUAAUUAUAUUACUGAUAUCACAGUGCAUCUCCGAUGACCCUGCGAUGGAGCUUUGAUGAUAUUAUGACUCAGCCGUUCAUCUUGUCAUGCAUGAAUUGUCGGAGACUCUGAAAUAAUACAGUGCAAUAACAAACUGAGGUUGUCAUCAUACAAUGAGAGAUGUCUAUGAAAAGUUACAGUGGUUGGAGCGAUAACACCAAUGGCACAAACAGCGCAGCCGGCUCUCACUCCUACCUCCACAACGACACCCUCAGCAGCAAAUACCAUGGCAGUAACGCCUGGUGGAGCGUGGGGGAGUUCCUCAAACCCGGACUUACCCAUCAGAGUGUGGGUCUGACGCUCUCCAACAGCAGCAAUGAUGAUGAGACCUGGGACCUCUCCGACUCCCUGGCCGACCUCUACAUGGAGGUCAGCAAGCGGGAACAUGAGGCGACGGAACGUCUUGGAGGGGGAAGGGACAGAAGGGAACAUCGCAAGGUGGAUAUUCAGGCAUGGCUAGAGAAGGAUACCAGUCAUGGUUGUAUUCGUGUGUUCAAUUCAGACUCGGAGGAGAAUUCGCGAUUGUUUCCCUGUACAAUAUCGACAACUGCUCAGAAAAUCUGCAUGCAGAUUGGGAUACCGAGCAACUCUCUGCAUAUUCAGCAGAAUGGUGAUAUCAUUCGUCGUCUGGAACCGUUUGACUGUCCUCUUGCAAUUCAGAAUGAGUACCUCUCCAGUCUGGGCCUGACGGACAUUAAACGAGUGCAGGAGGAGGGACCAGAUGAUGAUCUGUGUUACCUGGUCAAGUUCUAUGCAGGCAAACCCAUCUCCGACAGUACAUAUUCCCGGAGUCAGCUGUCAUCGUAUGCCUACCUCCGUAAGGGGAAGCUACUCCACCAGUGGGUGAGACGACUCUGUGUGAUUACUGGAACCAGAUUACUUAUAUACAGAGAUCGCAGUGCCAAGCCUACGGUUGUCCAGUUGGCAAAAGGCUCUGUGGAAGAAGUACAGGUCAAAGGUCAGGAAUACUGUCUAAAGCUGACAUCGACCAUCCAGGGUGAAAGGUCAAUCUACAUCUCCUUCAUGAAUGCCGGUGAAUACAACAAGUGGAUCAAGAAGGCUAAAAAGGCAACCUCCAAACUUCCAACCAAGGCAGACCUUUCCAACUGCCAUCUGGAGUUCCUGCCAGAGACGGUCUUCAUCAACGAUGAUCUGGAAAUCCUGAUCUUGAGACACAACGUCCUUCGAGAACGCCCCAUUGAAGAGGAUAUCUACACAAUUGGAUGGCUGGAUGAUUUGCCAAGGUUCACCCACCUCCGAAGCCUCAACCUGGCUGACAAUGGCUUGGUCAACUUCCCCCAAGCUGUAUGUCGAAUGCGAACCCUGACUGAGCUCAAUGUCGCCAGCAACAAACUUGAGGAGGUCCCCUCCCAAAUAUCAGAACUCACCAACUUACAAGCCCUACAUCUUCACAAUAAUAGACUGUCAUCAUUGCCGGAGGAAAUAGCUCACAUGAAGAAACUAGUUGUCAUUGUGCUGGCAUUCAAUCGUUUUACGUUUAUUCCCAGCGUUUUGUGUCAGUCCCAUCAUGCAUCAUACAAACUGGACAGCCUUAUCAUGGCAGGAAACCAAAUAUCCCGUUUACCCACAGACUACUUAGACCAUAUGACACACAUCAAAAAGAUUGAUCUCAGAAUGAACAAACUUCAAUUGCUCCCGACAGAAACUGCUCGGUUUCAGUCACUAGAUCAUGUGACUCACCUUGACAUUCGAGACAAUGAGAUCGUCGACCUUGACAUUCGUGCAAUUCGUGCUCUGGAGUAUUUAAACUGUGAACGGAACAUGAUUCGAAGCCUUCAGAUCAAUGGAUCAUCAUUGAAGAACAUUUUUGUUUCACAUAAUAAAAUAGAGACUAUUUCCAUCAACCCCAAACCUGAGUGGCUUGUGUCUAUGGAUGUGUCCCAUAACCAGCUGAAAGAGGUUCCCUCAUGGCUAGGUGACUGUUUCUUCCUAGUACGACUGGAUCUGAGCCACAACAAGAUCACUCGUCUUCCUGAUAGGAUGCUGACUGAUGCAAGGAAGCUGAAGAUCCUCCGCCUGAACCACAACCAGCUGACGCAGCUGCCAGCGGACAUCAAGCAUUGCCUCAUCGAGGAGCUACACCUGGAGCGGAACCUCCUGACCCAGCUGCCUCCUGAACUCUUCAUCCGGGCCAAUAAACUAAGGUGCCUGAACCUCACAGGGAACUGUCUGGUUGACCUGCCAGCACCGAACCGUAACGACACGUACAACAAGCUGCAGGAGCUGUACCUCACCUCCAACAAACUCAUCAACAAGGCCAUAUUUAAAGUGUGCUGCUUCCCUAGACUUCGUGUCCUUCACCUUGCCAAAAACUGCAUCACAGAAAUCAAAGACAGUGAGUUCCAGAAACUGGAGCAGCUCCAGGAGCUGAACGUGUCCUUCAACAGCCUCCGGUUCCUGCCUGUAUGUCUGAGCAGACACACCAAGCUCCAGGUUCUACGAGCCAAUGCCAAUCUCCUGCAGGAGUUACCUAACUUCAGGAACUCUUCCAGUCUUAAGGUGUUAGAGGUUGGCACCAAUCGUCUAGAAAAUGUCAGUAUGGGCAACUUGAUGACAUCCAAGGUCAAUCUCCUUGACAUCUCCGGUAACCCAAAUAUCUUUGUCAAUACAGAUGAACUUCAAGGAAUCAAGAAUGCCAAGAGAGUCUGUAUGAUUGACAUGAGAGGACAGAACCGGUCUCUCAACAAUGUCUCCUCAAUGGAGGCGGAACUCAGCUGGCAGAGUGGGUUUUCUCAGACUUCAGGCAUGAGAAACAAGCUUUCAGUGGCAAUGCUCAAUAAAUCCAAGUUCAGCAACGCUGGGGAUGCUCUCUUCGGGAUAUUUGAUGGUGGCCGUAAUGAUGAAGUUGCUAAACUGAUGAUUGAGUUGGUGCCAGAGAUUGUUGCAGAAGAGAAACAGAAAAUGCCAACCCAGGAAGGUUUUCUAAAGUACACCAUGCUCUCAGCUCACAAGAAGAUCAAGUCAGUGGGUCAAAGGGUUGGAGCUGCAGCUGCCUUGGUGCAUAUUCAGAAACAUCCAAACAUUCCCGGACAAUAUUCCCUGUGUGUCGCCAACGUUGGGGACACUGAGGUGGUGUUGUGUCGUCAAAGCGGCCCCAUCUCUCUUACCCGUCAGUUUACCGUGUCGCAUGACAAAGAAGAGUGUCAGAGGGUCAUUAACUCUGAUGGCAUCAUCACUGAGGACGGUCGUAUUAGUGGUGUGACAUUCAACACUCGUCUGAUUGGCUGCAGCUACCUGUUCCCCCAGGUCAUCACUAGUCCCCACAUCACAUCCAUGACACUGACUUCAGAAGAUCAGAUGAUCAUCAUUGCCAAUCAGGGUCUCUGGAGAUACAUGUCACACGAGGAAGCUGUCCGUGAGGUCAUAGACAUCCCAGACCCUGUCAUUGCAGCCAAGAGACUACAGGAUCUAGCUCAGGGGUAUGGAUCUCGGGAGAAUAUUGGGAUCCUUGUGGUGAAGCUUCUGCUGUCAGAUGCAGAGAGGUUCAGGAUGACUGAGAUACUGCGGACUCAGAUGGCGAGUCAGAAGCAGUUGCUGAACAAACUGCGUGAGCAGGCCAAUGUAACCCAACUUCAUGCCAUCCCUGCAGUAGCAGAGUUGGGUGGAAUUGUCAUCGACAAAGCAGGAAGAGUCAAGAAACAUAGGGGAGAAAGGCCAAGUUUAAGUGUGAAGCCGACUCCUGCUCCAAAUAACAGGUAUCGGAAGAAGGAUGCAAAUCCAAAUUGGGAGACAGUACUCCAGAAACGGUUGGCUGAAGAGGUGAAGGACAAGGAAAUGCAGGAGAUGUUCAAAAUCACAGAGGAAGAUGACAUCCAGGAGGAUUCAGAGGAACCAAGAAGCAACUGGUCAACCCUGACCAAGAAGCGAGAGACAGCUUCUGAGAGUGCUGCUAUGAACCAGAAGCAGAUGGCAAUGCGAAACCCCAUCCCUUCAGCCAACACUUCUGCAGUGAAACCAAUGGUUCGGACAGAAUCCACAGACACCAUCACAUCACUGGAUGAGUUCUAUCGCCAGCCAAUUGUAACUGCAAACAUUGACAGAGAUGCCAUACUGUUUCAUCAGAUGCAGAUGGCAAGAGCUCAGAGCAUCAGUUCAAGCAGUCUAGAUUCAACUCAAUCUGACCCAAUGUAUGCCUCAGUGAGGGAAGUGUACAGAGGUCCUAGGGCUCCAUCUAGGAGUAUUGAAGUGCUGGUACACUCGCCAACUUCUGAUGAACAGAGACUUCAACCAGUGCGUGCACACCGUCGACCAGAGAAGGCAGUUGCUCCUCUACAAGUUGACCCUAAGGUGGAAAAGUCUCGGGGAGGAUGA